AUGAGCGACGUCGAGAAGAAUAUCACAGACUAUCCAGCUUCUGGAAGCUUAGAGACGCAUACCGUAGCUGUGCCCGAAGGAGACAAAUACGAUAUCAACAACCCCGAAUACGAUGCCGUAUUCGGAGAACGAAAGGAGGGGGCAGUUGACUACAGGUCGAUGGGUUGGAUCAAAGCGACCAUCGUUAUGUUGAAAACCAUCAUUGCGUUGGGAGUGCUUGCUAUGCCUACCGUGCUUUCGGCUACGGGUGGUGUCCCUGGUGCUCUGAUCAUCCUCAUCAUCGGUCUCAUUACUACUUGGACCGGUCAUGUGGUCGGUUUGUUCAAGAAGAAUCACCCUGAGGUAUAUUCCAUGGACGGUGUGGGCUAUAUUUUGGGCGGUAAAUGGGGCCGAGAGUUUUUCACCAUCGCGUACCCUAUGUUCAUGAUCUUCUUGUCUGGUUCCGGUUUCGUCGCUAUCUCUAUCGCUUUCAACGCGGUCACCGCUUAUGCCACUUGUACGGUCGCUUGGGUUGUCGUCGCAAUGGUCGGCACCUUCGCCCUCGCUUCGAUCCAGACCCUUAACAAAGUGUCAAUCUUAGGUUGGAUCGGAUUCGUUUCCGUCAUGGCUGCUAUUCUCAUCAUCACCAUCUCCGUUGGGAUUCAAGAUCGUCCAUCCGCUGCUCCUCAAACCGGUCCCUGGGACAAGAACAUCGCUGCUGUCAACCAUCAAGGAACUUUCCUCGGCGGUAUGGGAGCUGUCUGUACGGUCGUCUUCUCAUAUUCCGGUACUCCGGCCUUCUUCAACGUUGUCGGUGAGAUGAGGAAGCCCAAGGACUAUGACCGAGCUCUUUACUGGUGUCAAUCUAUCGUUACCGCCACCUACUUGACAAUCGGUAUUGUGGUGUACUACUACUGUGGACAAUAUCUCGCCAAUCCUGCUCUCGGCUCCGCUGGUGUCAUCAUCAAAAAGGUCGCCUAUGCCGUUGCCCUGCCCGGUUUAUUCGUCAGUGUGACCAUCUACACCCAUGUGGGAGCUAAGGCGAUCUUUGUUCGACUCUUGAGAGGCUCUGAUCAUCUGACCGCUCAUUCCUUCACUCACUGGGCAGUCUGGCUCGGAACCGUCGCCGGCUGUGUUACCAUCUCUUUCAUUCUCGCUGAAGCCAUUCCUUUCUUCGGUGAUCUCGUCAAUCUCAUUGGUGCUACCUUGGGAACGCUCAUGUGCAUGAUAGCAUGUGGCUGGAUGUGGCUUCACGACAACUUGCCUCGACGAAAAGAGGACAAGUCAUUGUAUUACAGAAUGCUCGUACUCCUCAAUGUUGGUAUCGUCAUCGCCGGUGUCUUCAUCGUCAUUACUGGUACCUGGAGUGCUGUUGUCAGUAUCAGGAACUCCUACUCAUCGGGACUCAUAACCAGUCCUUUCUCAUGUGCCGAUAACAGUAACUCUAGCUAG